AUGUCAGGCGCCGAGGUCAUCGGCAUCAUCUCUGGCAUCAUCGCCAUUAUCGACGCAACCAUAAAGAUCUCCAAAGCCGCCAACGAUGCCUCUGGCCUCCCAGAAGCCUUCCGCGAUGUUGCUUUACGACUCCCGCUUGUCAGCAAAACCCUCCAGAAAUUCUCAGAGAACAAGAUCACCCCCGACGACGAGUGGCACAAGGCGAUGGAGCCUGUCUUGCAGCGCUGUAAGGACAGGGCAACCAAACUUCAGAAAAUAUUUUACGAUGUCGUCCCACAAGCUGGCGCUUCGAGAAUGAAGCGAUACGCACUUGCCACCCUCACCUGGGGCAAAGGAGACACGGUGAAGUCGCUUAUGAAGAGGAUAUUGGAAGAUGUCCAACUUUUGACGGGCAACCGCGUAGCGGAACUGCCCACACAGACUGGCGUUGCCGCGGUAAUACAAGAGGCGAUAGAAAGGGUUUCAGCAAUUCCGCCAUCGUUACCGAAGGGCACCCACCCAUCCCUUCCUCACAACAACGAACGAGACUCCCUACUCAAGGAGCUUAAGUGGACCGAUCCCACUAUCGACAAGCAGCGCAUUGAAAGAACGAAAGGCUACCUGCAUGAAGCUUCGUCUAAGUGGAUUCUCUCCCACCCCGAUUACCUGAAGUGGCGGGACGGCGAAAGCAAGCUGCUCUGGGUCAAGGGCGGUGCCGGCAAGGGCAAGACGAUGCUCUUGGUUACCAUCACCGGGAAACUUCGAUCCCAGACCAGACUUGACCCGACCAGACUUGACCACCCCACUGGCAACUCGGUUUUAUCGUUCUUCUUCUGCCAGAAUACCGAUAACCGCCUAAACAAUGCAGUCGCCGUCCUCAAAGGUCUUAUCUACCUCUUGCUGAGCCAAGAUGUCAAUCUCGUUCCGUACCUUAAGAGUGAGUGCGACCGGAUGGGCACAGGCAUCUUUGAUGUCACCAACAACAACGUCAACGCCUUCGACGCGCUGUCCAAUGUGUUCAGGCAGAUGAUUCAGCACCCGCGGUCGGAACCUAUGUACUUGGUUGUUGACGCUCUCGAUGAAUGCGAAGACGGUCUGCCGGACCUCCUCGGCCUGGUUAGGGAAACCGCCCUCCAAGAAAAUCGUCUCAAAUGGAUUCUAACGAGCCGUAACCGGGUCGACAUUGAGGAAAACCUCGCGCUUGAAAGCUCGGAAGCGAAGUUGAGCCUGGAGCUGAACUCGGAAGCCGUGUCUCAGGCGAUCGAAAAUUACAUUGAUUAUAAAGUCGCCCGGGUCUCGUCCCUUCGAUCCAGCCCUGCCCAGCAAGCCGAAAUUCGACAAAAGUUACUCGAGAAGGCUGAAGGUACCUUUUUAUGGGUCGAUCUAGCGUUACGGUCCCUCCAGACUGUCUUGGCUGACGAUGCUGUCCGCCGUCUCGACGAGAUGCCGCCAGGCCUACCGGUGCUUUACGAUCGGAUGAUGGGGGAUAUUGCCAAGUCUACGAGCGACUACCGAGACUCGUGUCUUGGUGUGCUUUCAGUCGCAACUUUAGCCUACCGCCCGCUCCACAUUCUCGAGCUCCGAACGCUAGCUGGGCUCAGAUACGGAACUGCUGAUCUGGAGAGGAUUGUCGACAUGUGUGGUUCCUUUCUCACGCUGGUGGACAACUACGUCUAUCCGAUUCACCAGUCAGCCAAGGACUACCUGGUCGAUGACGCCGCCAUCGAGAAGAUUUUCCCGUCUGGGAAACACGCUGUUCAACGCAGCAUCGUCGACAGAUCAGUAGCGGCGAUGCAGAGGGCACUCCAUCAAGAUGUAUAUCAGCUAGAACAUCCAGGAACGCUUAUCCGUGACGUCGAGACGCGGCCACCCACGUCUGAUCCCUUGCUCGGCGUGGGAUACUCUUGUACAUACUGGAUCGACCACGUGUGUGAAACGGAUAUGGCCGACUCACAAGGCUCCCAGCACUCCCUGCUAUCGAACGCUUCUGGGCAGGAUAUCGCAAGAUCCGAGAACAGUGUCCAAAUAGGAAAUUUGAUUACGCCAUUCUUCCAGGACCACUUCCUGCACUGGCUUGAAGCGUUGAGUCUCCUUGGCGCUGUCUCGAAUGUAAUCCUCUCUCUUCUGAGGCUCAGAACGAUUGUCGCCAACUGGUGGAUUAUCGAACAGACGCCACUGCAAACAUACGUAUCAGCAUUGCUCUUUACUCCGCUUGACAGUAUCAUCCGUCGAAUGUUCGCCAAAGAAGAGCCUGGUUGGGUGCUAACAAAGCCGAGAGUCGAUAAAUUCUGGAGUCCAUGUCUUCAAACAUUUGAGGGCCACAGCGACUGGGUUAUGUCAGUAGCACUCUCCUCGGACGGCAGCCGAAUUGUAUCUGGAUCAUGCGAUGAGACUGUCCGUAUCUGGGAUACAAAGUCGGGCAAGGAGAUCCAGAAGUUCGAGGGCCAUAGCGAGUCGGUUUACUCAGUAGCAUUCUCCUUGGAUGGUAACCGAAUUAUAUCUGGAUCAGCAGAUAAGACAAUCCGUAUCUGGGAUAUAAAGUUAGGCAAGGAGAUCCUGAGGCUCGAGGGCCAUAACGACAAUGUUCUCUCAGUAGCAUUCUCCUCGGACAAUAGCCGAAUUGUAUCUGGAUCACGCGAUGAGACUGUCCGUAUCUGGGAUAUAAAGUCAGGCAAGGAGAUCCGGAAGCUCGAGGGCCAUAAUGGAUUCUUGGACAACAGCCAAAUUGUAUCUGGAUCAGGCGAUAGGACUAUCCGUAUCUGGGAUAUAAAAUCGGGCAAAACGAUCCAGAGGCUUGAGGACUAUAGUGGCUUGGUUUUGUCAAUAGUAUCCUCCCGGGACGGCAGUCAGAUCGCAUCUGGAGGAGACUAUGAUGAAACUAUCUAUAUUUGGGAUGCAAAAUCAGGCGAGAAAGGAUGGAUCAACGAUUGCUAUCGGCUGUCCGACUGGGCGUGUGGUAAUUUUGAGGAUGUCCAUGGACGUGUCAUUCUAGCGCAUUGUCAGGCGCCGGAAUUGCCUUUCGGCGCCUCUCAGGCGGAGAAGUGGCGUGUUCGACCCGGCUCCGAGGAGAUGCACAUGGAGGGACCACGUAUCGAAUAUGCACAGGGUGCGCCAGGAGGAAGCAGUUGCUAG